CGCGCCUUGUCGGGUUGCGCUGACGUCAUCGGCUUUCUACUCCGGUUAGGCGCGCGCGAAAGUGUCGGAGUGAAAUCACACGAGCUGGUCCUGAUCCGAUCUCAAAGAAACUCCCUGUAAUCUUUAAACAUCUGCAAAAACAAUGGCGGACACGAAGGCGGCACAAGAUGAUCCUGAAACACCCACAGAUGCUGUAGAAGAGUCCAACCAUGACCCUCAAUUUGAGCCUAUAGUCUCACUUCCUGAGCAGGAUGUCAAAACUUUAGAGGAGGACGAAGAGGAACUUUUCAAAAUGAGGGCAAAGCUGUAUCGUUUUGCCAGUGAGAACGACCCCCCUGAGUGGAAGGAACGUGGAACAGGUGAUGUCAAACUCCUGCGGCACAAAGAGAGAGGUACCAUCCGCCUUCUCAUGAGAAGAGAUCGCACUCUCAAAAUCUGUGCCAACCACCACAUUAUGCCAUCGAUGGAGCUAAAGCCCAAUGCUGGUAGUGACCGGGCCUGGGUGUGGAAUACACUUGCUGACUUUGCAGAUGAACAACCAAAACCAGAGCUGCUGGCUAUCCGAUUUCUCAAUGCAGAGAAUGCACAGAAGUUCAAGGUGAAGUUUGAUGAAUGCAAAGAAGAGGCCCAAAAGUCUCUAGAUGAUAGCGUUAACAGUCCAAACAAAGUGGCAGAGAAGUUGGAGGAGCUCUCUGUGAAUGAUGGCAAGACAAAGAGUUCAGAAGAUAAAAAAGUGGUUAAAAAGGAAGAGAAGAAAGAAGAGAAGAAAGAGGAGAAAACGGGGGAGGAAGAGAAGAAAUGAGCCCAGGAACGUUGUAUCGUAUGGAUCCUCCACUUGCCAUUUUCCCCUUUUUUACAACAGACUCUGAAAAUUUAAAUUGGACACUUUUCCUUUUUGGCCUCUUGAAUUGAGAAGACCUUGAUGCCACUCUUAAUGUGUCCAUUUUCUCUGUCAUCAAGCUGUUGUGAUCAUCUGUCCCAUUCGCAAUCUCUCAUAUCGACUUUCAUAUUCCCAUACAUUGUGGACCAGUCGUCAGCUAUCAUGUAUUUGUGUAUUGACAAGACAUGUAAUGAUACAAGGCUUGUGCUAUUGAUUGAUUCCCACAUUGGGUAACCAAUUUUUUCUUCUUUUUUUUUUCUUUUGUACUUAGAGUUAUAUUGAGAGUUUCUAGAUGAGCACUGUCUGAUAUGAGAGCAGGUUGUGUGAGUUGAUAGGGAGUGUGAGUAUCUGAGAUCUGACUUUUCUUUACAAUAAAGUCACAUGAGGAACAUUUGACUUCUCUGUGGCUUUAAUAUUUACUAAAUAUGACUAUUUUUCACAACAUAUUCUGUGGAGGGGUAAAUCGGCGCUGUCAUCAAUAACUGAAGGACAUUUUCAACCUGCUUUGAGUGACCCACUACUGCUUAAAAUGGAAAUCCAGACAAUAAAAAAUGGUUGACUCAGUAAUUGCAUACUGUUUGUCCCGCAAGCUGGAGAAGCAGAAAGUGUUUAAAAAUAUUUUAGAUGGAUUUGCGUUGUGCAUUUGAAAUGAUUAGCAUUUGGAAUAGGAAGCUGCUAUUAUCACAGAUCGAACAUGUUUAACAUUCCAUAAGGAUUUUAUCCAGAAGAAAAAAAGAAUAUUUGAAUCUCAUACAUAAAGGCAAUCUUUAAAUGAUUUCACACAACACCUUUUGCUCAUAGCUUUUUUUUCAUGUUUUUGCCUUUUUGUUUUAAUUUUGUGCAUUUUAGUAUUUUUUUCCAGGAUUGAUAUGUUUGAAGAACAUUACGUUCCCCAAAUUCCCAUUUUUUAAAUAAAAGCAGCUGGUCUCAUAAUUUUCAAUGGCAUUUAAUAAUUUAAAUUUUCAUUUUGCAGUGGCAAUUCUUAUAUUAUGAAUUAAUGUAAAAGGGUUGUAUACAAACCAAAUUAAAAGCCUGUUUGAUAUUCA